CUCAGGCAUCGUUGCAGCUCUCCUUCUCCUCUCAGCAGCUGAAGGCGUUCUGAGCGGAGCGCGCCUCCGCUCUCUUUAUUUAUACUCCCCUCUUACUAAUUUGCAUAUUCGACUGCCUAGCGACCUGAUUGGCCGGUCAGUCACUCCAAAGCCAGGAGAGGUCCUAUGGCUAAUAAUCAGCGUCCGUUCUCUUCAUCCCCAUUGGGACAGUUCUGGGAAGCUGACCAGCCAAUGGCUAAUAAUCAGAGUCCUUUCUCUUCAUCCUCAUUGGACAGUCCUAGGAAGCUGACCAGCCAAUGGCUAAUAAUCAGCGUCCGUUCUCUUCAUCCCCAUUGGACAGUCCUGGGAAGCUGACCAGCCAAUGGCUGUGUGCAGUGCCUCCGAAUUGCGAGCCAGGUGUGUCAAUAAAGGGCGCCAAGGUAUUUUUCUCUUACAAACCUCGGAAGCUGCGGGACUUUUCAGGAGGAUGUCUACUCGCGGGAAGCAAGGAGGGAAAGCCGGCCCGAAGGCCAAGACUCGUUCCUUCCGAGCCGGGCUCCAGUUCUCCGUGGGCCGCGUCCAUCGCUUGCUGAGGAAAGGGCACUAUGCGGAGCGUAUCGGAGCAGAAGCCCCGGUCUACCUGGCUACUUUGCUGGAGUAUUUGACCGCUGAGAUCCUGGAGCUGGCUGGCAGUGCUGCCCGGGAGAAUAAGAAAUCCAGGAUCAUCCCUCGCCACUUACAGCUGGCCAUCCGCCACGACGAGGAGCUGAACAAGCUCCUGGGCAAAGUCACUUUGGUCCAAGGAGGGGUCCUGCCCAACAUACCAGUGGCUCUGCUGCCCAGGAAAACAGAGAGCCACAAGGUGAGGAAGUGAAGAAAAGCCAAGGCUUAGGCAAAGGCUCUUUUAAGAGCCGCCUACAACCUCCACAAAAGAGCUAAGCAUCACUGUUUUUCAGUUUCUGGAACUUCCAGAAAGAUUUAGCUGUUGGGGGCAUGAUAAACUUUCUAGAAGUUUUAUCAUGUCCCCAAGGAUGAUACCAGCAGUCACGAAAUCUCACAUUCCUGGUUAGAGUGGCAUGUUUAUGGUUUCCACACUGAGUAAAUUCCACUCUUUGGCUUGCUUGCUUGUAGUGUGCCUGUCUUUGAGUCAUUUUGGAUUUAUGGUGACCCUAAGGCCAUAUCAUGGGGGUUUCUUGGCAAGAUUUGCUCAGAAAGGGUUUGCCAUUGCUUUCCUCUUGAGGCUGAGAGAGUGUGACUUGACCAAAGUCAUCUAGUGGGUUUUAUGCUUGAGCAACGAAUCGAAGCCUGGCCUCCAGAGUCGUAGUCCAACACUCAAACCCCUACACAAUGCACUUGGUUUCAAAUCGGUUGAAAGACCUCACUCCGCUGUUGGCCCACACAUAAAAUGUGUGCAGGCAUACAGCUUUAAAAGAGGGAUGGUACCUUAAAGACCAGCCUCAUAAUAGAGUUGACUUAGGUUCGCCAGAACUUACUUGAAGGCACACAACACCAACAACCUUAAAGGCCAACUAAUGUAAAAGAGAUUCGACUUUAACAUUAGGAAGUUGGCCCUCCCACAGUAGGACACACGUCUUCAACAUGUGGUGGAGUCUCCUUUCGAGGUUUUUAAAGAGGGGCUGAAUGACGAUCUGUUGGGAGUGCUUUGAUUGUGGAUUCCUGCAUGGCAGGCGAUGGACUGGAUGCCUCUUGGGGUCUCUUCCAACUUUAUGGGUUUUAUGGCCAAGCAGAAUACUACCCAUUCUUUUGCAGAGAAGGUGUCCCAAAAUGCUAUAGAAAUGCAAUAAAUUCAGUUUACAUGUGGGCAGACAGCUGUUUCUUCAGUUCAACAGAGUCGCAGCUGAUUACGAGAGAGAAAACAUGUAAAAACUUUGUGAAUGGUAAAAAGGAAAGGCUAAAGAAAAGUCCAGGGUUUCAAAAGUGGAUUUGGGAUGUGAAAGCUUAUGUCAGUUUUAAAUGAUUUAAUGAUUUAGGUCUUAGGUUUUGUUGAAGAUUAUAACAGUGGACAUUUGGAUAAAUGUACACAGAUCAGAGAAGAUCAGUCUGGUUAAGGAGCAAAAUCAAAGGAGCUAUUAGUAUGUGCAAGAAGGAUUCCCUAUGAAAGCUGAGAUUUUUGUCUAAGUAAAGGGGAAAAAAUGAACAUGCAAGAGACCGUAAGGGUCCACUAAAAACAGUUGUCAAUUUAAAGCAUAACCACAGACACAAAAUCCAGAACCAAGUAAAUGGGGCAGCAGCAUCAAUGACAGCAAAAUGAUUCCUACAGUGUAUUUCCUUCCUGCUUCCAGAAAUUAUUCCUUAAGAAGGGCUUUCCUCUUAUGCUAAGUUUACUCAAGAUCUUUUGGUGAGGCUCUAGAUCUCUUUCGCAUGACAGAAUUACAUGUUCAUUAAGUGUUUUUAAAUAUAAGUUAUGUAUAUAAGGCCAAGUAAUAUGUAGGUGGCUCUGUACUUGCAAAACUCAUGCUCACAUCUUUUGUGCACCAGAUGGAAAUGCAGACAGAAAUGGAUUCAGCUUUCUAGGAAAUUGCUUUAAGCAAGUGUUAUUAUUAUUAAUUAUUAAACUUUAUUUCUAAAGCGCUGUAAUUAUACACAGCGCUGUACAAAGUGCCUCCAUUAAUUUGCAGGACUCAGGGAUUUUGGAGGCCAUAUUAAUAUGCAGUAUAUAAAGAGAACUGUGUAGCACCUUUGAGACUAACUGAAAGAAAGAAGUUGGCAGCAUGAGCUUUCGUAGACUUCAGUCUACUUGCUCAAAUGCAUUUGGACCAAAUGGAGUAUAUUUAUAGGAAAGUGCAUGCUGCCAACUUCUUUCUUUCAGUGAGUCUCAAGGUGUUACACAGUCCUCUUUACAUACUGAUUUUAGAGACUAACACGGCUAUAUCGUUUAAGAUCAAUACACAAUGAGGCCUGACGGAAACAAACAUUUAUUUAACUGGAUCCAUUUGAUGAGUCUAGUAUAAGUUCCAGAGAGGAUUUCCCCAUCAUCUUAGAAGAAGGGAAACUGAGGCAAGGAGAAAGGAAAGAAGAAUUGCUUCUGGAGAUCAAGUACGUUGAGUGGAUGUUUUCUUGAGAUUGCAAGGAGAAUCCUUUUGAAUAGGCCAAGGGCUCUUAAAAUAUUAAUCAAACUCAUUCAACUACUCUAGUUCAUUUCUCAAGGAACUCCCAUCUAUUUUUUGCCUAUGAUUUGGCAAAAUUAAAUCAGUAGAAAAAGUUUAAUGACUGGCCA